UAACGGAGAGAUGUCCCAGAAAAGGCGUAGCAAAAGGCCUGGCCCUUCCCAGGCAGAACCCAUGGAAGUGGAUGAAGACUGCUCCCUGACCCAAACUCCCAGUCAGUUGCGACGCAGUGUGGAGCGGCGGCCCAAGAGUCAAAUGGAGGCCAAAGUGACCGAGCUUGUACAGUUUCUGCUUGUCAAAGACCAAAAGAAAAUCCCUAUCAAACGGGCAGAUAUUCUGAAACAUGUUGUCAAAGACUACAAGGAUGUCUGUCCUGAGCUCCUGAAACGUGCCAGCCAGACCCUUCAGCAGGUUUUUGGGAUGGAGCUGGUGGAGAUUGACCCAAAGUCCCAUAUCUACAUCCUCGCCAGCAGAUUGCCACAACUGGAAGCAGAGAGCAGUAAAGAGGAUGAGAACACCCCCAAGAUGGGCCUCCUCCUCAUCAUUCUCAGUGUGAUCUUCAUGAAGGGCGGCGUGGCCAAAGAGCCUGCCAUUUGGGAGGUGCUGCGGAGGCUGCGCAUUGAACCUGGAGAGAAGCACAAGAUCUUCGGUGAAGUGAAGAAACUCAUUACGGAGGAAUUUGUCCGGCAGAAGUAUCUGGAGUACAUUCGUCUCCCGCACACAGAUCCACCCGAGUUUGAAUUCAGAUGGGGAUCUCGGGCUGCCAAAGAGACUUCCAAGAAGCAGAUCCUGCAGUUUGUUGCUAAGAUACAAAACAAGGAUCCCACGUUUUGGAUGAGCCAGUACAACGAAGCCGAAGUGGAGGCGGGAGCAUCAGGAAGGCGCUAG